GUCCUGCAAGCGUGUGCUGGAUCGGCGUGGAAACGAAAGCUACUGCAAUCUGCUGAAAGACCAUUACCUUGAAUGCUUCCUCGAGAAGGAGGGUGAUCACGUGAAGUGCGUUAAGUCAAAGGCUGCUCUUGAGCCAGGACAGAUGUAUUGGUGUAAGGCGUGCAUCCUGAUUUUUGAAAAACCCUGGUCACUCUUUCAACACAUGGCUGAUAAGGCCAAAGGAACGAAAGUUCAACGGUGGGAGAGGAAAAUCCACCUGGACUGGAUUGAUAAUGUCGCCGGUCUGAUGGCAGGCCACGACCUAGGGCUUUUCAGUCCGGCUAAGCUGCGCACAGACCUACGCACCCUUCUGGCUGACCAACACACUGUUGAGGAGGAGAUGGAGGCUGCUGCGGUUGCGGCCGCUGCCAUGGUACAGUGGUUGGCGCCCAUCAGCAGCCCCUGGCGAUUACAUCAACGCGAAAUGAUGCGCAAGAUUGAGAACCUCCAUCGACAAAUG